AUGAAUAAAACUCAAAAAAAGAAUUCAUCGGAGCUUAUAAAUAAGCAUAAUAAGAGUUCUUCAAAACUUACUGAAGUUUUUACUGAAAUUAUGACUUCAUAUUUAAAAGUAGUACCCAAACACAUUCAAAUUAUUGAUUGCUUUAUUUCCUACCUUGCAAUAAUUACAAUAACUCAAUUAAUCUACUGUAUUUUGAUUGGAAUGGCAUAUCCUCUUAAUUCCUUUAUUGCUGGCAUAUUUACAUCUGGUGGAACUGCUUUGCUUGUAUCAGCUCUCAGAAUUCAGUUAAUAGCUCCAGAACUCUUUGAUAAUAUAUCUCCUAAAACAGCUAUUUUUGACUUUCUAAUUUGCUCCUUUGUAUUUUUCAUUGGAUGUGCAUCAUUACUUGUUUAA